AUGCCCUCAUCUUGGGCCAGAUACUGGGACUGGUCUCUCGACUGGAUGGAUCUCGCCAACUCGUCUAUAUGGGCUAGUGAUACUGGCUUCGGCGGUGACGGUGACCCAAACGGCCCAGAGACGGUCGGCGAGGGCCGGUGCGUGAUAGACGGGCCAUUCGCAGAUUUGCGACCAGUUAUUUACAACCACACGCGCAAUGUACACUGUCUAUCACGCGGCUUCCGCCAUGGCAACCUCGAAGGUCGCCUCCCCGGGAGGAAGUUCAGCCCCGAAAACAUCGGGAGCAUCCUUCGACUGCAGAGUUACACAGAGUUCCUGCAACGGGUUGAAAGGGACUUGCAUAACACGCUUCAUACCUCCAUUAAUGGCGAUUUCAAGGCCAUGACUGCCGCCAACGACCCUCUCUUUUUCCUGCAUCAUGCAAACUUGGAUCGUCUGUGGUGGCGGUGGCAGCGAGAGAACCCCAGCGUCAGAUUACUCGAAUACUCUGGGAAGCACAUGUAUAACUCCACGGGCCCGGCAAGUCGGAGUGAUGUGCUGAUGUACGACCGGUUCACAAACGACGUGGCCGUCGGCGAGGUGAUGAGCACAGAGGGAGGCGCCUGGUUUCCCGAGGAAUCACACCGCCACGAUGCCCAUUCGUCUGGCAUUCAAUCAACUGGUGUUCCAGAAACAGCAGCCCGCAUGCAACCUCUGAUGAGGACGGCAUCUCCUGGCGACGACUGCGUUCAACUUUCUCGCACCAAGACGCCCGAGUUCCGUCCCCCGGGCAUGGUCGUCGUCUGCUUUGCGCUCAAUAUACUAUUGGAGUUUGGCCUCUACCUCUUCGCCAUACCACUCAACCAGGUUCUCGAAGGCGCUUUUACAUUGCCGCCACAGUUCCCGGCAGUCAACUGA